GGAGGAAUACCCUCCUUCCUGGCCUCGAUUCUCCUGUUCAGUCCCGCACAAAUUCUGCGCAGACAAUCCAAAUCUUACAACUAAAGCGCAAUUUCGCUUUCCAUACGCAAAGCGCCAUCUCAGCACCCGCAACUAUCCACAACGGCUCUCCCACGCCUCCCCACCUCCGCCAACACAAUGGCAUCCUCGUCCGAACCCCAACGAAUAACCAUCACCAUCUGUGGCGACGGCGGCUGCGGAAAGUCCUCUAUAACGCUUCGUCUCGUACGCUCACAAUGGACCCACGAAUACGACCCCACGAUCGAAGACUCGUACUCCAUAACACGGCGCAUUGACGGACAGACCUACCACCUCUCGCUCACCGAUACAGCCGGGCAGGAAGAAUACCGCGGCAUGUGGGCAUCGUCGAAUUUACGCUCUGAUGCUUUCUUACUGGUGUAUGAUAUCACGAAUAAAGAUUCUCUGGGCGUGUUACAGGAGUUCAAUGACCUCAUAGAUAUCGAGGCGGAAACUCGUCUAGAUGCAUGGGAACGCGAUCUCCGGUCUGGGAGGGCGAAGAAGGGGCAGCAGACGCCGAGUGGAAGUGGACCAGUACGACCGAUCAAGAUUGUAGCGGGCAAUAAAUGCGAUUUGCAGGAAUCGAGACAGGUGCUAGCAAGAGAAGGCUUGGAUUGGGCGAGGAAACGAGGAUGUGGGUUUAUGGAGACGAGUGCGAGGAAUACGGUUAACAUCGAAGAGACGUUUGCGUUGAUUGUGAGGAGGGUGGUAGAGGCGAGACGACAGGCAGCGGGAGGGAGUGUGGGGAGUGGAAUAGGGUUUGAUGAGAGGAGGAAUACGGUUAUGAGCUUAGGGGCUUCGAGCUCGGGGAUGGGGACAAGGAGAGCUGUUACGGCGCCGUUGAGUCCGUUGCCUGGUGGGCCAGAGAAGGAGAUGAGUUUUGGGGAUGCGGGUGGUGGGGGCCAGGAGAAGGAGAAUAAGUUCUUGGGGUUCUUUAGGAGGUUGGCUUGUUGGCGGUGAUCAUUACUUUCUUGUAUGAUCUAUUAAAACGAAUGGAAUGAGGGACGACGAUGAGGUGGAGGACGUUUCAUGUAUAAAGUUAUGGAAAGUCAGUAUGGAUAUUAUACCACGAGAGGAAAGGGGCAGAAAGAGGUAGCAUGGAUAUGUACCAGUAAUGUUAGAGCAGCUUCUGUUUGCAGAUUCACAUCACACAGCACGGAAAUGGAAUGAAUGGAAUAUCGAAGUCUUCUAUGU